UUUAUGUCUACCUGGCUGGAUGUUGUAUAGAUAGUUUAGUCGUUUUUGUUAAUCUAAACUUCCAAGAGUCUCUCUUCUACGGAUAAGAAAAGUCUUGUGUGGUGUAAAUUAUAUAAGAAAAUCCACGGAUUGAGUAAUUUUGUACUUAUCGGAAUCAAGUUAAAAUCUAAAUCGCGAUUUUAAGUGAAUUCAAGACAAAGUUUUAAAAAAUCUUUUUUAGUGAACAAGUUGAUGAUCGUCUAACGGUCAUCGUCUAAGUCACAAGUCAAAUAUAAACGAAAGGUGAUCGCGAAAAUUGUGCAAAAAAAUACAGAUUAUUCGCAAAAUAAAUAUCCAGCAAAGAGAUUAUUUAAAGUGUCUUAAAGUGUUGUGUUAAAGAAAAUAUAAUUUGUUAAUUGUUCAGCAAGGGCUGAAAAGUUUAAUAAAAGUCAAAAUGCAGCAAAAUAGAUUUAUUUGCUUCAGUGCUUUCCUGGCGUUAUGCUUCACAACUGUUCUAUCAUGUCAAGUUAUUCAAAGUGGGAUUACUCCACAAGAAAAAGCUACAAUUCUCGAGGCUCAUAAUAGGCUACGAUCGGCGGUGGCGAUGGGAUUACAACCAGGCCAACCAGGAGCUCAAAACAUGAAAGAAAUUGUAUGGGACGAUGAAUUAGCAGCACGUGCACAAAAUUGGGCGAAUCAAUGCACUUUCAAACAUGAUCCACAACGUACGAUAAAUCGCUUUACCAUGGGACAAAACAUGGCUAUUAUCUGGAGUACAGCCCCAAUUAGUGAUGGUGAUUUCACCUCACGUAUCACCAAUUGGUUCAAGGAAGUCAAUCAAUAUGCGUUCGGAUCAGCAUGGUCACCAAAAACCGGACAUUAUUCACAGUUGGUAUGGGCUGAUACCAAUAUGGUUGGUUGCGGCUUCACUUACUACAAAUCAGGUGCUAAAUACAACAAACUCUUUGUCUGCAACUACGGACCUGGUGGUAACGUUGUAGGUUCCAUGCCCUACUCAGUUGGUAACCCCGAUUGCAACGUUCACGGAAUGGGUUCUUCAGGUCGCUAUCCAGGACUUUGUGCUUCCCGCGGUGGAUUCCAAAAUUUCGGCGGAUAUAAUAGUUAUCCUUCAAGCACAUUUGCCCCAUCAACGUUCGUGUCAACAACCUUUGCACCAUCAACCUUCCGCUCCAGCAGCUUCGCACCAUCAACAUUCAGAUCAACUACUUUCGCUCCAUCAACGUUCCGUUCGUCCAGCUUUGCCCCCUCUACAUUCCGUUCAACCACCUUCGCUCCAUCAACAUUCCGUUCAUCAACAUUCCCCCCACGUACCUAUUACUCAAAAGCAGGUUUUUCAACUCCAUUCCCAUCAGCUUCGCCCGGCUAUGGUGACUACUCUUUCAAAAACUACUUCAAUGGCGCUCCAAAACCCUCAUUCGGAUCAGCAUGGAAUGCUCUACAGUUCUACAAGAAGAAAUAGAUCGAUUGCCAAUUCUAGUUUUAUCUAAUUAAAAAGUUAGUAUCUUGACACUAUUAUUUUUAAAUAGGUUUGUCAACAUAACAAAUUGUUUUACAUUUCACACCUACAUUUCUUUUGUUUCAAAGAAACUUCAUUAUCCAUUUUAUCCCCUACAAAAGAACAACUGUUACCCCAAAACAGAGAUUCGCACUAUUUUGCAACAUUCAGUCCAAACAUUAUUCAUUUAUCCUUUUUUUGGAGACCGAAUACAGAGAGAAAGGCUUUAACUUUUCCAUGCAAAAGAUCAUAUUACGCAUUGGCAAUUACUCUCUGCAACUAUUGAAAAAAAAUAUUUAUACAUUUCAGUAGAUGCAUUUCCUUCAAAACGAAUUUACUGAAAUCGAAUGAACGCUUAAUCACAGCCUCUAUUAUCAUAAGAAUUUUUAUAGUAUUUUUCGGAUGCUCAAACCAAACCAGAAAAAGAUAUUUCAUGUAUUUCUGCAACUUUAAUUUGAGCAUCAAAAACGAAGCAUUGCCUAUGAAUGAUAUUGCCAUAGCACUGUAAGAUAGAUAGAUAAUAUUUUAUAGUAUACGGAACUUUUUAUUCGCAAUUUUUAUAAUAAAACUGACUAAAAUUUCCGUGCAUUAAAAGAAAUAAAAAAGGAUGUACAUUGGAAUUCUAUUAGUAGAUAGCCAGGUGACAAAUGACAAUGAAAUGUAUCCGUAGAUGAGAGUUUUCUAAGCAAAAAUAUGAAAAUUGUAUCUAAAGGAGUAUAUACUAGUAGAUUACAUGGUACUUUCCUUGCAAAUAUUUUUAUGUGUAUGCCCAAUGCGAAUAUUUGUAUCAAAUGUUUGUCUAGUGGAUUUUUUUAAAAUAUUUUAAUAAAAAAUUAAAA